CCGUGAAAAUUGAUCGAUCCGACACCGCCCAGGACUUGCCCUCUUCACCUUCUAUCAAAGAUGGAAUGGUUUUGUGGAAGAAAUUCGCCUCUAUUUUGAAAGCAGCUGCCAUCAUUGGUCUAUUUGCUCAACUUUGCCACGCUCACUAUCAACCCAUUCAGGGACCGGGUAGCAUGAUGGAACAGGCAGACACGCAGCAGCUCCGGUCAAUUGCCGCAUGGAACUCCUCAGUUUCCUACAGCAGGAUUCGGAUUACAACCAGGGACGACAUCGAAUCUCUCUAUCCCAUCAUCGCCGCAUAUGUCAUUCAGCCCUCGCUUGCCGACUCUGUUGCGGAGCUGGUGUUGGAUUCCGACGGGUGGCCAUCCUCAAGAACAUCCUAUCUCUUCAUGAGCGAUAUCAACAAAGAGCUAAAGGAGCCCCCACUGCCAGUCCGUGAAGAUGUCCAUGCUGCCAUUGAGAGCUACAUUCGUGGCCUGGGCCUGGGUGAUAAGGCCACAGCGACGAUGUUAGACGCGGUUGAAUGGAAGAAGCAACAUCUGAAAGGCAACAACCCAGAAACCCCGAGGGGAUUUAACGACCAAAAUGCUGAAUUUGGACUGGCUGCAUCGGCUGUUCUGAUAUCCCUCUGCAAGAACAUUUCGACGCUAUACGUGGGGAAACUUGGCUGGCGGUCAUCUCUUCAGGAUUACCUCCUGAAAUCAAAUUAUGGCUUGCUUCCUCGACAGGGCUUGCAACGACUUGAGAAAGUUGAAAUCAUUGCAGGUAAAGGACCCGGAUACGACCCAAGUUUUUAUUCGAGAGUUGAACUUUUGGACUGCUUUCGCUAUUUCCAUCGACUUCCAGCGAUACAUUCGGUUGUCAUGGAUGGUGUGUCUGAAUAUCAAGCAAAUCGGGAUUUGUUCGUUCCGCACACAUCGAACAACAUUAAGCGAAUCCACAUUGGACAUGCCGGAAUGUCCAGUGAGAGGCUUGGAAUGAUCAUUCGAAUUCCCAAGAGCUUGGAGGAGCUCACUGUGUCGCUGGGAGGACUGUGGACUAGGGAUCGUGGGCUGUCCAUGAUGUUCCUGAAGACUGUGGGCAAGUGUCUGCUUGAACAGAAAGAGUCGCUCAGGGUCUUGGAUCUGGACAUAGAUAUUGCCGUCAAAUAUCGGGAACCUAUCUACAAGAAAGAGGACGUGAUUGACGAUGAGAAGUAUCAAAGACAGAAGGACAAGUAUUACUACCUAGAUGAAGCGGUCAGCAACCGCCCACUUUGGUCGAACCAAUUACCAAACACCCGGGAAUACGGCUACACACUCGGCUCACUUCACGACUUCAAAGCCAUGACCCAUCUAAGCAUCGGGGUGAAGGCUUUAUUGGGUAGCAACGUGGUAUCGGAAUACAACCCCCCCUUCCACCUCAUUGAGCAGCCCCCCUUUCGACUCAUCGACGCCUUGCCCCCGAAUCUUGAAUACCUCUGUUUGUAUGGGUAUACGAAGAGAGUCAACGAAGAAAUCGACAGCCAUGUCCAAGAAUUCAUGGAGAAGAAGGCUAAGCGUCUGCCGCUGUUGAAAGAGGUUAGGGGUAUUGAUGAGACAGUGGUGGAUCUGGCAUCAACUUAUUCGAUAGAUGGCCCAGAGGAGGAUCUUUGGAAGCGACCAGAGGGAGAUAUUGAGAGAGACUUGGAUUGGGUCUCAUUGUAGCUACCACCGAGGUUCAUUGGACCUUUGUAGUCGUGCGAAUAGCAGUCGCCAUCUGUAUUUGCUUCGCGUCAAUUACCAUUGAAAUCCCUCCCAGGCAUACUUGUUUGUCG